AGUUUGUGCUGUUGCGACUGGAGCGUUAAGGGGUCGGAGUAAAAUAAUGAGGCUGUCAGAUCGCGUGAUACCGUUUAUUCUCAUCGCCGGUGUUCUGUCUGUUUGUUGUUGGAUCUCCCUGGUGAAUUCUGAGCCUUUCCCAGAGAGACACCAAAAUGCGUUCCACUGUUUUAAUUACGACCACUGUCACUCAUCCAAAGAGGGAGUCCAUGAUUUAGACUGCUAUGCCAAACCAUCUGAGCCACAUAUGCACUGUGAAUGGAAGUCUGGCCGGAGUUCUUCAAACAAAAUGUUUACACUUUUUGUAGAACAGGAGACCCGAAAAUACUGCGAAAUAUACGAAAACAUAAAUAGUACGUCUUAUCAUCCCAUAAAAGUUUUUCCAAAAUUCAGCAUGACCGCUUAUGUUACUGAUGCAAAUGACAAAAAGAGGAACUGCACAAAGGCAGUGUUCACUGGGACGCCAAGACAGCUGGUGCGCUGUGGCCCCACAAAACACAUCGAAUUUAAGCGACACUCAGGACAAUUGCUUAUACAAGUCCUUUGGGUGGAAAAGCAGAUUAAGCAAUAUGCUGUUAAAUACCGAGAACUGAACGCUGUCUCUUGGAAAGAGGUGGAAUCCGAAGGGAGAGAGAAAUUCAUUUUGCAUAAUCUUACCUCGUCACUGUCAUAUGAGGUGCAAGUGCAGUGUGUCAUCAAUCAGCAGUGCCGCCUGUGCCCCGCGAGUGACAGUCUCCUGGUCCCCCGAGAGCUGACCGAUGACCCCGUUAUUGAAAAGUUUGACAUCAGUCCGCAACAAAAAGGGAAACGGCUGAUAGUCAUACACUGGAAGCUCGCCAACACAGAGUCGGUGACCGGAUACAACGUGACGGUGGGGAAGGAGUCGGGAGAGUUCAGCCAGUCGUUGACCACCGUCGAGCCUGUGAUGAGGCUGACCCUCUCGGGAUCAGCCUACAACGUCAGCAUUGCGGCCUUCAACAGCGCUGGGACUUCCCCUUCCGCUCAGCGCAGGCUACACUCAGCGCAGAACAGAGAGGACAAGUCUUUGAAUGGAAAGCUGAACAUCACUUUCAAUGGCAGCAGCACGUUCAACGUCCUCUGGAACCACAGCCAGACCAAAUCCUACUGCUGUUACUGUGUGGAGUGGGGUCUGAGGGGAGAGAAAAUGUCUUUCCAGUCGAUGUUUCACAGAAAGCACGCCCCCAUUGCAAUCCAAGUGAAAGAUCCUUUGCAGCCGUACAAGAGAUACGUGUUCCUUCUCCACACGAGGCCUGACAAAGACACCUGCAACCUGAAGCGCAUCAACAACAGCGAGAGCACGUAUGGCAGGGCAGAGGCCUACGUCACAGAAGGAACUCCCAUCAGUGCCCCUGCGGACAUCGCCAGCUCUAGUGUGACCAGUAGCUCCUUCGUGAUCAAGUGGAGCCCCGUCCCAGACGAGCACGCCCGCGGGUUUCUGCUGGGCUACAUCAUCCACUACACAGAUACCAGGCCGGGACAAAAUAUUUCAGUUGUUACAGUGCAUCCCAGCAGAAAUAACUACACACUGUCCAACCUGGAAAGCAAAACUGUCUACAGAGUCCAGCUGUCCGCAUUCACCAAAGCUGGAGAAGGGGUGCGGAGUACUGAUCUCUACAUUGAGACCAAGCAGCCAGACUACCGGAUUGUAGGGGGUGCUGUAGCUGGAGUUCUUGGAGGAAUUGCAGUUCUCACAUUGGUGGCUAAUCUUGGUUCCAAGUUGUUUAAACGGGCAAAGAAACUGUUCUGGCCAAGUAUACCAAACCCAGGCAACAGCAAUGCCAUCCAAAAAAUAGACGGUGCCUUCGAACUGGAAGUCCUGGAGCCCCUCAGCAAGGAGAAGCUGGCUCAUAUCGAGGAGAGCGACACGAGCAGCCUGCACAUCAUUGAGGGCAGGGUGCACCCACGCCCCGUCGCCAUCAGCGACCCAGGUAUCCCCGACAUACGGGAGCAGCCUCCCGAAGACAUCGGUGCGGAGGAGGAGGAGGAGGAGGAGCGCCCCGCAGAUUGCAGGCAAGCGGAGCCCACGACCACGCCCAUCCCGACACACAUCACACCCGUGGCCACGCCCACCCCCGCACCCUCCUUCACAGAGACCGGCGAGGUGAGACUGGCUCCGCCCAUCACAGGCGAUUACACCACCAUGGAGCUGUUCCAGCUGGCCAUGCCGCAGCACGCCGCGCCCCGGCCGCCGGCCGCCAACGCUCAGGUCCACCAGCCGGAGAGCGAGGGCUUCACUAUCGCCAUGCCAGACCAGGACUACGUCCGGCAGUCGCUGUGUCACACAGUCAUCCCAUCCCACUGUGACACUAGUGAGGAGCUGAACAGCGGGGAGUGGCUCAGCAGUCUGUGA